AUAUCCGUCAAUUUUAUGCGAGUCAAUGGAGCUAUAGCACCUUUUCGAACUUUACUGACUAACCCAAGCACAACAUCAACAAUUGUUGAUAGCAGAUCCAUCCAACGGGUUACAAGCCUCCGACGUAUUCACAGCGAUCAGAAGGCACGCAGUGACUACCCGUUACGGCGUCUUUCAGAUGCACCUGUAGUCGCCAUCGAAGGUUAUACGAAUUACCAUUAA